AUGUCAGCUCAAGAUUACUAUGGCGGCGGCGGUGGUAGUGGCUAUGGCCAACAGCAGCAACAACAAGGCUACGGACAACACUCGCAACAGGGCUACGGUCAACAGCAAGGAUAUCCUCAACAGCAACAAUACGCUCAAGGCUCUAGCUAUGAUUCUCAACAGCCCGGCUAUGACAACCGAGACCACAACAACGGCCAACAGCAAGGUGGGCAAUACGGAGGGCAAAAUGCCUAUCCUGGCGGUCCAGGAGGUCCGGGUGGUCCGGGAGGUCCGGGAGGCCCUGACGGUGAGCGUGGCUUAGGUGCUACACUUGCUGGCGGAGGUGCCGCCGGAUGGGCUGCUCAUACAGCUGGAAGCGGUCUCCUGGGCAGUCUCGCCAGCGCAGCCGCAGGAGCGGUCGGCGCCAACUUCCUUGAACACAAGUUCAAGAAGCACAAGAAGAACAAGAACAAGAAGCAUCACAGGGACGGGCGACCUCGAGCAUUUACCGGCGACUCCACUAGCAGCAGUGACUCUGAUUCCGGUGACGAUCGUCGCCGAAGAAACAAUGAUAGCGACCUGGCAUACGGUGAUCGCUCCCACCACCAGAGCUCUUCUCAUUAUAGAGACUCGAGCCAUCAUAGUGGUAGCCACGGGGGCCGGGACCAAAGUUACGGCGGUCAAAGCUACGGAGGUCAGAGUUACGGAGGUCAGGGAGGUUACGGGCAGCAAGGUCAAUCGGACUAUGGAGGACCUCGCUAUUAG